GGCGCCGCCGUCCAUGCGCGCGGGCGCCGCCGCUGCGCUUCCUCGGGCCCGCCGCGGCGUCUAUGGAGGUGAUGGAAGCGCCCCUCAACCUGGCUCACCAGCAGAGCAGGCAAGCAGACCGGUUGUUAGCUGCAGGGAAGUACGAAGAGGCAAUUUCUUGUCACCGAAAGGCUACGGCGUAUCUCUCAGAAGCCAUGAAGCUGACCCAGUCUGAGCAGGCUCACUUGUCACUGGAACUGCAAAGGGACAGCCACAUGAAACAGCUGCUCCUUAUCCAGGAGAGGUGGAAGCGGGCGCAGCGUGAGGAGCGGCUGAAGGCGCAGCAGAGCGCAGACAGAGACGGGGGGCCGCUGCUGCCGGCGUGUCCCAGGCCCUCUGCGGAGGCGGCGGAGGGCCAGGGCCUCCAUCUGCCUCAGAAGCACAGCCCUUCCACAGAGAAACACCUCCCUGAAGUCCAGGGGGUCUUCGACAGGGAUCCAGACACACUGCUAUUUUUACUUCAGCAAAAGAGUGAGCCAACAGAGCUGUGUAUUGGCAGCAAAGCCCCCAAGGAUGAGAAAACCAUCAUAGAGGAGCAGGCCACCAAGAUUGCAGACUUGACGCGGCACGUGGAGCUCCUGGUGGCGGAGAAUGAAAGGCUAAGGAGGGAGAACAAGCAGCUCAAGGCCAGACUUGUGAGAGGCUCUGUGGAGAAGGAGCUGGAUGUGGACGCCGACUUGGUAGAGAAGUCGGAGCUGUGGAGCCUGCCCCCCCACUCAGAGCCAUCCGCAGCCUCCUCCACGUGGCAGAAGUUCGCCACAAACACCGGGAAAGCCAAGGACAUUCCAAUCCCCAAUCUUCCCCCACUGGACUUCCCAUCUCCAGAACUGCCACUCAUGGAGCUCUCGGAGGAUAUGCUGAAAGGAUUCAUAAUCAAUUAAAAUGGGAGGCCGUUGUAGAGAGAGUAACAGUUAAUCCAGGGAAGAGGAGGGGAAAGCCAGAGGGUCAUCCCGGCGUGCUCUGGAGAGGAGGCUGCCAGGACCUGGGAAAGUCACUGUGAAAUGCGACGCCACUGAGGCGCGACUCAAGCUAAUGACUCCAACCUGGCAGAUGCUAAACUCUGGGAGGUUUGAUUUCUCCUGAUGCAAACCAAAUGGCUACCUGGAAUAAUUUUUUCAAACUUAUUUUUCUUCAGGGUUAAAAAUAUAUAAAAGUAUGUCAUAUGUAAUUAAUCGAUAAUGCCAUGAAUGAUAAUGCAGAAGCCCACUGCAGUGGCCGGCAAGGCUGCCUGGGACUCGAACAUGCUUUCUAUCAUGCAUUGACUGUGCUGUGCACAUUUUGUUUGUUGAAACAAAGGUGUGUCGGAGACCUUUCUAGAAACUACAUGUGCCACACUUUGCACUACUCUUAACAUAAUGAUAACCUCAAGACUAUCAGGAGAAAUAUUUAAAUUUCCAUUUUAUGAAGAAAGGAACCAAAUUAUUAGUUAUGCAUUUUUUAAAAUAUUACCAGUUUACAUAAUUAAUCAGGGUGCGUAUUAGUUCUAACUCUGUGUGUUAUGUGACGCAUCAUUUGAAACUACAGAAGUGUCCUGUGUUUUAAAUGAUGUGUGAGUGAGAGUAACGCUAGCUAGCAACCUUUGAUUGUAAGAGAUCAAUAAAGUCGUUGUGUUUCA